AGUGUGGGGCUCAAACUUAUGACCCCAAGAUCAGGAGUCACAUACUCUUCCAGUUGUGCCAGCCAGGCGUCCCAACCCUUUGCUCUUUUUAUCUUGACCUUGGGGAGCUCACAGUGUGAUGGAGGAGGCAGACAGAGGUACGAUUGUCUUAAGCUCAAGGGACAGUGAGCUGUAAUGGAGGUAGCCCAGGGCACUGUGCGUCUAAGGAAUCAGAAUCAGGAUCAGAAUCAGAAUCAGGAUCAGCUGAUCCAUCCUGGGGGAUCAGGACGAAUUUCGGAAGUACAGAGCUUUGUGAAUGGAGUCUCAGCAAAGAGAGCUCCGCCCCUGCUCUCUGAGGCCUGCCACUGAGUGGGGCAAGGCUGGUGGCUCUGGGAUCAGCUCACCCUCGGCAGGCUCACCCUCGGCAGCUCCACGGUGACUGGGGAGACAGAGACGGAGAUGGACCCACACAGUCCUCCCCCAAAGCGCCCUGUGCUAGAAUGGGGGGAUUCACAGACGUUGUAGCCCGAAGAGGGGGGACUGAUCUGAUCUGGGGUGAGGGAAAGCUCCUUCCACGCUAGGGUGAGAGAAAGAUUGACAAGUAACUGGUGGACACAGGAUCUGGACUGUAGGCCUCAGGCCUCAGAAGUCUGGAAGUGUGUGAGGCUGAGCGGCCACAACUCUGUGCUGGGGAGACUUGGGAGGGGCAGGGGAAGGCUGAGAGGUUCAGGAAGAGGUGGGAACCAUGGUCCAGCAGAAGGAGUGCUGGCCAGGCCUGUCAUAUCAAAUCUCCUGGAAGCCACAUUAAAAAAGUAGAAGGGAAACAGAUGAAAUUUAUUUCCUCCAUACAGUUUAUUUAGCCAUUAUGUCUGAAAUGUCGUGUUUUCGACGUGUGGUCAACAUCAGACUACCACUGAGAUCUUUGAUAUCCUCCCUCUUUGUACGAAGUCCUCAAACGCCAGUGUGGAUUUCGUACUCCUGGUCCCGCUCCCCUUGGACCUGCCACAUCUCAUGUGCUCCUUAGUCACAUAUGGCUGGUGGUUCUGUAUUGGACAAGGCAGGGCCAAGGGCGUGGAUGGCGUCGGGGCGCCCCGAGGAGCUGUGGGAGGCGGUGGUGGGGGCCGCUGAGCGCUUCCGGGCCCGGACAGGCACGGAGCUGGUGCUGCUGACUGCCGCGCCGCCCCCACCGCCUCGCCCGGGCCCCUGUGCCUAUGCAGCCCAUGGGCGUGGGGCUCUGGCCGAGGCUGCCCGCCGCUGCCUCCACGACAUCGCCCUGGCCCACAGGGCCGCUGCUGCUGCCCGGCCACCCGCACCCCCGCCAGCACCACAGCCACCCAGUCCUGCGCGGAGCCCACCUCGGCCUACCCUGGUCAGGGAGGACGACGACGAAGAUGAGGACGAGCCGACAGAGACUGAGACCUCUGGGGAGCGGCUGGGUGUCAGCGACAACGGAGGGCUCUUUGUGAUGGACGAGGAUGCCACACUCCAGGACCUGCCCCCCUUCUGUGAGUCGGACCCCGAGAGCACAGACGAUGGCAGCCUGAGUGAGGAGACCCCUGCUGGCCCCCCAGCCUACUCAGUGCCCCUGGCCUCAGCCUUGCCCACACAGCAGUAUGCCAAGUCCCUGCCCGUGUCCGUGCCCGUCUGGGCCUUCAAGGAGAAGAGGACAGAAGCACGGUCAUCGGAUGAGGAGAACGGGCCGCCCUCUUCGCCGGACCUGGACCGCAUCGCGGCGAGCAUGCGCGCGCUGGUGCUGCGGGAGGCCGAGGACACCCAGGUCUUCGGGGACCUGCCGCGGCCGCGGCUCAACACCAGCGACUUCCAGAAGCUGAAGCGGAAAUACUGAGGCUCGGGGAGCGCGCUUCCCGGCCCAGCGUCCGCCCCGCCCCACACUACACCCCUGCCCCGCCCCCGGGGCCGGCCAAUCCGAGUCCGACCCGGGACCGGCCUCUCAGGUCCCCGGGGCCCCGGGAUUGCCCCCUCCCUCCCAAUCCCUGCUGUCCUUCCCUCCACGAUCCUCUCACGCGCUGAGGAGUGGGACCUAUCCAGUUUCCCUAUUGGGUCUGUCGCCGCUUGCUUUGCCCGGCGACAGAUUCGUUCGAUUAAGGGAUUGGGUCGCUCCCAGAUCGGGGCGUGGCUAGUUUAAAGCCCUCACAGGGGUUACCCGUCGUUUUUUUGCCUAGCAACAAGGGCUUUGCCCGCGCGGCAUUGGUUGAAAGAACAGUCAAGCCCCAGGAUUGGGUAGUGGCAAGCCUGUUCGGCCUAGAGAAUGGGCAACUCCUUCAUUUGAUUGGCUUGAACCCAAAGGGCUUAACCAAUAUCCUGGGAGUAGCCAUUUCCCCCCCCUUCCUGGGUUUUCUCCGCCUGAUUGGCUCUAGCCUCCUGAGGGCGUGGCCAAACCCUCCUGUGCCCAGGAUUGGCCUGCGGCCUUAAAUUUACGUUCUUUACACUACUGGGACUGGGGUCGUUUCUGACCGAGUCCUGACUACGUGCCCCUCUGCCCCCUUCCAGGGAUGGCCCAAUCCUGUCCCUGCAUCUGACACCUUCUCAUUGGUUCCAUCCCAUAACAGCCUGCCAAUCGUAGUUCGUCCUUGCAUCCAGGACGGCACCAGCUCCCGCCCCUCUCCCCCCACCCCCACAGGUGCCUUAAAGGGCCCUCGUCCACCCAAGGUGGGGGGCAGGGGCCCUCGCUCUCCGGCCCUUGUGUGGGGGGAGAGAGUCGUGGGUGGGGAUUGGGAGUUGGGAGGGGUGGUCUGAGAUUAAAGAGUUUUACCUCUGA